UCCCGUGAUGCUUUGCGCCCCAAGCGGAACAGGCGCAAGAUGGCGGCUGAGCGGCAGGUGGCCGGUAGCGGCGGCGGUCGUGGAGGAGGAGGAGGAGCGGGUGGUAGCGGCGGCGGUUCAGCGGCCGGCCCCGAGGAGAACAAGGAGAAUGAAAAGCCGAAGUCGGGUGACCUCGGGGAUAGCCUGGGCCUGGAAAUCCUGCAGAUUGUUAAAGAAUCACAACAACAGCAUGGGUUACGGCAUGGUGACUUUCAGAGAUACAGGGGUUACUGCUCCCGCCGACUGAGAAGGCUCAGAAAAACUCUUAACUUCAAGAUGGGAAAUAGGCACAAGUUCACAGGGAAGAAAGUAACAGAAGAGCUGUUAUCUGACAACAGGUAUUUACUUUUGAUUCUCAUGGAUGCUGAGAGAGCCUGGAGCUAUGCCAUGCAGCUUAAGCAGGAAGCCAACACAGAACCUCGCAAACGAUUUCACCUGUUAUCUCGUCUGCGCAAAGCAGUAAAACAUGCUGAGGAACUGGAGCGCCUCUGUGAAAGCAACCGGGUGGAUGCCAAGACCAAGCUGGAAGCUCAGGCAUAUACAGCUUACCUCACAGGUAUGCUGCGCUUUGAGCACCAGGAAUGGAAGGCAGCGAUGGAGGCUUUUAACAAAUGCAAAACUAUAUAUGAAAAGCUGGCUAGUGCUUUCACAGAGGAGCAGGCUAUAUUAUAUAAUCAGAGAGUGGAGGAGAUCUCUCCCAAUAUUCGUUACUGUGCCUAUAAUAUUGGUGACCAGUCUGCUAUCAGUGAACUAAUGCAAAUGAGAUUGAGAUCUGGGGGCACCGAAGGGCUUCUUGCUGAAAAACUAGAGUCACUAAUCACCCAAACACGAGCAAAGCAGGCAGCCACUAUGAGUGAGGUAGAAUGGCGGGGAAGAUCAGUGCCAGUGAAGAUAGACAAAGUGAGGAUCUUCCUACUGGGGCUGGCAGAUACUGAAGCAGCUAUUGCUCAAGCAGAAGAAGAAGAAACUAAAGAACAUUUGUUUGAGUCCUUACUGAGUGAGUGUCGAGAUGCCAUACAAGCAGUUCGAGAAGAACUGAAACCAGAUCAGAAGCCGCGGGAUCACUCUUUGGAAGUGGAUUCUGGGAAAGUCACUAAUAUUCAAUACCUGCACAGUUACCUGACUUACAUCAAGCUGUCCACUGCGAUCAAGCGCAAUGAGAGCAUGGCAAAGGCUUUGCAGAAGGCAUUGCUGCAGCAGCAACAGCCAGAGGAAGAUGGCAAGCGUACUCCUCGGCCUCAGGACUUGAUACGCCUUUAUGACAUCAUCUUACAGAAUUUGGCAGAGUUGCCACAACUUCCUGGCCUAGAAGAAGAUAAAAGCUACCUAAAGGAGAUUGGAAUAAAGACACUGGUGUACAAGGCUUACAGGUGUUUUUUCAUUGCACAAUCAUACGUUUUGGUUAAGAAGUGGAGUGAAGCCCUUGUUUUGUAUGAUCGAGUUUUGAAAUAUGCCAAUGAAGUCCAGGCCCAGGCUGGAACUUACAAAAGCUGCUUAAAGGAGCUUCCUGAUGUUCAAGAGCUGAUCACCCAAGUGAAUGCAGAAAAAUACUCCCUGCAAGCAGCUGCCAUAUUAGAUGCGGGCGACAGCCAUGAGUCUGAGUCCCCAUCCCAGGUCAAAGAUGGCAAGCCACUUUCUGAACGGUUCGAGACAUUCUGUCUGGAUCCUUCUCUUGUCAGCAAGCAAGCCAGUCUGGUGCAUUUCCCUCCAGAAUUCCAACCAAUACCAUGCAAGCCUUUGUUCUUUGACCUGGCUCUCAACCAUGUCACUUUCCCACCCCUGGAGGACAAAGUGGAGCAGAAAGCCAAGAGUGGUCUUACUGGAUAUAUCAAGGGCAUCUUUGGAUUCCGGAGUUAACCAGGGCCGUUCUCGAGGAGAACACUUCUCUUCCUGUAUUGUGGGAAAGCUCCAGCAAGUUCAGACCUUAACUGCUUGUGUCUAAAAUCCACGUGGGAGGUUUUUUAAAUAUUUUCCCGGUAUUCUAUCUCUGUCUAUACACCUGGUUCAUUAGAAACUUUUCACCUUGAGAACAUGUAUAAUGUGCUCUGUCUUUAACAACAUCUCAAACUGAGGGAAAGAGCUGGAGUCUCAAACCACUUUUACCCAGUGGCUCAGGCAGGAACAAUACCCACUUUGCAUGGGCUACGCAUAUCUUAAUUUCUUUUGAUGGCUGACACUAAAUUGAAUUAGCUAGCCCAGUCCUCUGGACAGUACAGAGCAGAGGGAAAUCAAAGGCACAGAUAUAAAUGUGUCCAGGAUUGGAUUGCUAGCAGAUUGUGUGAAAACCCAAGUUGCCUGCCACUUUUACUUGCAGCCAUGUCAAGUUUUAAGUUUCAGAAACUUCAGAACUCUGAAACUCUUGGAUUAAAGAUUAUGGCUGAUAAUGAUCAAAGUCUAUAAGAUGUUUUAAAAUCUGUGGUAUAAUUUUUCCCCAUUGAGGCACCACUUCUCAUAGCAGGGGAAUAUGUUCCUCAAAACGCCUCUCUGAUAAUCUAAAAGGCUUUUGGUUUCAGAAAGAACAAGCCACAUGCAUUUUACACCUUAAAAGACUCCUUACGUUUCUUUCAUUUCCAUCUUCAAUUUAGCUGAUAUUGGUAAAUUGGAAGGGGUGUUUUGUUACUUAUUCUGUGUGUUUCAUCCUUUCUGACAUUACAUUCAGUUGUUUUAGAGAAUCCACUUAGUGAAAAAUCAGUAAAUGGAGCCACAAGAAUCUUAAGCAAUAAAGAUCUCAGCCAUGUGUUCAUGGGCACAUUUUCUAUGAGAAAGCAUUUAACUGUGCUGUGGGAAUCCAAGUAUCUUCAUGUCAAUAUUUUUUUCCAAAAAAAAUGCAUAGGCACAAUUCUAAAUAUUUGUGUAUGGGACUUUUCAAUGAGCUCUAUUACUAUUCUUAAAAGAUUUAAUCUAGUUAGGCUGAAAUACUAGUUGGCUCAGUCAGUCCUUAGCUAUAUUUUACUGUUCAUAUUUUUGUCAUGCUAUGCUCCCAGUUUUACUCUGUUUCUUGGCAUUGCUGGAAACAGUAUAAAACUGGGUUAUUCGGUUACGGAAAUAUUCUGCGAAAGGUAGUUCUCAACCAUUGAGUUCGUAAACUGCCGAGAAUUACCGUUUUCAGGUUAAAGAAAAAUCGGGUUUAAUUAUACCAAAAUUAUUGGAUUUGUUUACCUUGUGUAAAAGUCAUAGCCUUUUUCAGUAGGAUGUAAUAGUACCACAUCUGUUUUAAAAUACGUAUAUGAAUUGGGCUGUCUGAUCUGUGAGAGGGAACUUUUAUAGGAAAAAAGCUAUUGUGGAAGAAAAAAUGGAAGUAAAGAAUAUUUUUUAAUUUAUCAAGUGAUGACGUUUUACACAGAGAUGAGGUCUGGUAAACCAAUGAUUUGUCAGUUCUGUUGAAGACUAAAUGGAAGCAAGAGAUCUGUGUGAAGGGACUGUGGCCCAGUCUCCUUUCUGGCAACGUGCCUAUUAGUGUUUUGUUGAUUGUACUUUGCUUGAAGCUCCCCUGUCCUCCUCGGUUCAGAUCUGAAUUAAAUCUGAGAAUUGUGUUCCUCUUAUAUAUGCAACCCAACUUCCUUUUGUUUACCUUCUACCCCACAUCUGUGGGCAACUGGGCACAUUCCACUCCUACUGCUUUUGCCUUUGUUUAUUGUCACAAAUGGUUAAAGAUUUCUUUGUUAAAACAUACUGUGGCACAAAGCAUAUUAGCCAGCCAGCCAGAAAAGAAAUCCUGAAACAAUAAAGACUUAUUCCUGCCUUCUGA